UUUUCGAAAUAAAAGCACAUUUAUGCAAAUAUUCUUUAUUAUUUUCAUCAGUCUAAUUAUGGAAAUUGUUUACGUCGGUCACCGAAAUCCUAGUAAUCGUGCGCUUUUAAUAUCUAACAAAGAAUGGAAAAGAUUGGGGAAAAUUUUAACAAAAAAAAUGGAUGAAGAGGAAUCGGUAGAGGCCAGCAAACGACUAAAAGAAAUGCGUCGAGAAACGUCAAAAAAAAUGGUAGAUGGUUGGGACAACACAGAGCUGAACAAGACUAAGAAACUUUUGGAACAAAAACGAAAAGCACUUUCUGAGUUGGAAGCCAAACGACAGCAGAGAGAUGAGGAGAUGAAGAGAGAAGCAUUAGACGCCAGAAACAGAAUUAUCGCGAAAGCGUACAAGCAAAAAUUUGAAGAGAGAGAUGCGAUGAAAACAUUCUCUAGAGCUCUGCUACAUUCUGAAGUGUUCAAAGAGAGGGCGAUACAAUUUAAGUUUAAUGAGGCUGAGAGACAGAAGAGGAUGCAAAAGGAUCUCGAGACGGCUCAAGAACAAAACAAUGAAACAGAACGGUACAGAAAACAUCAAGCGAACGAAAAACAAAAAUACAAUGAACUAAAAAGAUCUAAAGCCGAAAUUUUGUUAAAAGAGCUGAAGGAACGUGAGGAUAAGAGAAACGAAGAACGAAUUGCAUACCGUGAGUCUGGUAAGAUGGAAUUACAAAAAAUCGCUGAAGAAAUCGAGGAAGCCCAAGAAAUGGCCGCUACCGAAGUACGGGUAGCGAAGGAAAAACUACAAAAGGAUUUAGUGGAAAACCUCAUGAUGAUAACCAAACAAGACGAAGUGCGUAAGACGGAGGAAUGGGAAGAAGAAAUGGUCACUACUAUCAUGGCAGAGACAAAAAAAGCUUUAGCUAGAGCGCGAAGAUUAAAAGAAAUAGAAAUGGUGGAGGUUAAACAAUUGGCGCUGGAGGAGAUGAGAAUGAGAUCGGCGGCUUGGCCGACGAAACCAAAUGGAUGGGCAGAGUCUGACGUGCAGGACGCUAUAGAAGCGCAGGAAAAACGGUAUCGAGAAAAGGAGCGCAAAAAAAAAGAGCUGGCCAAUAAGAAAAUAGAACACAUAGACAUCGGUAAAAAACUAUGGAAAGAGGAGAUCCAUAGGCGACGAGAGCGAUCGGAACAAGACUUUCAAUUGGAGAUGUACAGACGCGAACGCGAAAAAAAAUUGUUAACAGAGUUUGUGAACUUACGUAGACGAUUGCAAAUGGAAAACGCUAAACAGUUUCGGGAGCAGCUCGAUAAACAAUGUAAUGAUAAAAGGAUCACAUUAUUAGCCAAUAGACAGGCUGAUAUAGAUCGCCACGAAGCAUUUGAACAUCAGUGGCACAGAGAAGAUGAAGAAUUCCUUGAGUAUGCAAAUAAUGUGAUUGAGAAAAAGAAAUUAGUGGGCAGUCCAGUUGUGCCAUUACUUAAAACAGUGAAAGACUACCUCGAAAAGAAUAACUUAUGCAUGGAUAAAGAUAAUAAGGUAUCAAAAAAAAUUCCAAAAGGCCCAAUCUAUACAUCAAGAAUAAUACGUCAUAUUUAGUAAUGAUUUAAAAAAAAAUGUGUAUUUUAAAAUACCAAAUGUAAAAAUAUAUAUAA